CAGGCCGGCGUCGCUCGCUUGAGGUUUCCGGGCAACUCUACCGCAAUCACGCUGUGCAGCUUGAUAGAUUCCUAGCUAUAUACACGAAUAAAGCUGAAUUAGAUUUGAGUAUUCCUGUCAGAGUGCGCGCCAUUGAAGUAUUUUAAGCUUCAAAGCUACUACUUGACGGGUUUUCCCUUUCUCCAUCGUCGCGGAGCUUGAAAAGUCAAAAUGGCAGACCAGCUGACCGAGGAACAGAUUGCAGAGUUCAAGGAAGCGUUCUCGCUGUUCGACAAGGACGGCGACGGAACCAUCACCACCAAGGAGCUCGGCACAGUCAUGCGUUCCCUGGGCCAAAAUCCCACUGAGGCCGAAUUGCAGGACAUGAUCAAUGAGGUCGAUGCUGACGGUAACGGGACAAUUGAUUUCCCUGAGUUCCUGACAAUGAUGGCGAGGAAGAUGAAGGACACAGACAGCGAAGAGGAGAUCAGAGAAGCAUUCAGAGUCUUUGACAAGGAUGGCAACGGCUACAUUAGCGCAGCAGAGCUACGGCACGUCAUGACCAACUUGGGGGAGAAGCUUACUGACGAGGAGGUGGACGAAAUGAUACGCGAGGCUGACAUUGACGGCGACGGUCAGGUCAACUACGAGGAAUUUGUCCAGAUGAUGACUGCCAAGUGAAGAGAAGGCAGAAUUUUCUCUUAAACGUUGCUUGUCCUCUUGAGAUCACUGUCUUUAGGAACAAAAAGGAACAAUUAUCAGCUGAUGCCCCCACUCCUUUUACUCCCCCUAAACAAAACCAAACAUUUCAUGUAGAAUUUGGCCACUUGUGCUUAAUACAUCCAAGUACUUCUGAGGUAUCUGUUAAGCAAUCAUCUACAGACGAAUCCCCGAAGAAGUUAAUGGACCAAGCUUUAAGAGGGCCAACGGCCUUUUACUUCUGACCAAGAUUCUGCCGAGUCACCCAGCUCAUGAAUAAUUUAGAGGAAAGAGCAGCGCUGCCACUGCAAGAGCGGUGGGUGGGUUAGGAACUGAUGCCACCGAUCACUUUAGAGAAGUCGGUUAUUCUAAUCGCUCCGCUUCCACAAAGAACCUCACCUCUUUACUAGCACCAGUGGUGAUUCUCUCAAUACCAAUUUGACUACUCUUGCAUGCAGCCGUUCUGUGGUGGUCUCCUGUCUCGACAAGGUGGUUCUGAUCCCAUCAGAGGUAGUGGUCAGAUAUUGUAUACAGUGGAGGUAUAUACUUUCAUAUAUAGCUAUAUAUCUGUACAAAAAAUAUGUGUCACUAUUGAUUAUUUCAAGAGCAACUAGUUGCAGUUUGUGGUGUUCAUUGGUGCUUGGUUGGAAAAGAGCAUUUUAAAAGUUUGGCUAAGAAGACUGAUUGAUCCCCAGAGGGGUGUCCUCUAGUUUUGAGCUGGUGGCUUUAUACAUUGCCACGGCAACUGAUCGGAAGCGCUCUUGUGAUGUGUUGCUUGAUGCUGAUUAUUGUGAAGACACUCUGGAGGACUGCUGUUAAUACAUUUGUUCUGCAAACUGAUAUCCUGACGAUACAAUAUCGAUGUAAUGCUUUCUCAAUGUGUUCUCAAAUAUUAUGUGUUGACGAAAACUUUGUCACAAAAUAUCUCUCGUUAUAUAAUACAAUAUAUUGGUGUGUCGUAAAGUUUGCAUUGCCUGUUGUUGUUGUAGUAGUAAAUAGCCGUGCUGUUUUCUCUUUGGUUUUGAAAUGUGCCAUAACGUUCCCUAAAUGCCUCAACCUUCUCGCAAGUUACAGUACGUCUACGAUACUCUUAAACUAGAUUACAUAAUGGCACUUGUGUAUACUACUUGUGUACGUAUAUCAUGAUGUGGAUAUUGCAAAAAGGUAACAAAAUUUGACUGCUGCGAUAACUCGCGUCUUUCCCUAAUUUCUCAUCCUUGUUGGCUGUUGCUUCUUCAGUUUGUAGUCCAGUGAUUUCACCUCCAACCUGCUUGCUUGUUUUACUCAACAGAAUACAUGUACUGUAUAUUUACAAAUACCUAACAUAGUCAGCCUGUUCUAAUAAAACAUGAGAAUGGUUGUAGCAAUUAAUUGGGCUGGUUUAAGAAUUUUAACGAUUAAAGUGAAUCACUGUUGGAGCGAUUGAAACUUAAAACAACUUUGAGGCAUUUCAAUCAGUGAUGUGUGAUUCUGAAAUGAGGAAGUAAACGUUAAUGGACUGUUAGAUUUUGGUGUCUCAAAAGAUGUGAUAUAUUUUCCAUAAAUCAAUAAACUGAAUGAGCUUUACUUCA